AUGGGCUGCGGAGCGUGCGGAGGAACAGAAAUCGAGCAUGACUCGUCUAGGGGAAUAUCGUACUGCACAGGGUGUGGUGAAGUGUGCGAAGAGAACACCAUUGUGUCAGAGGUGACGUUCGGUGAGGCCUCCAGCGGAGCAGCCGUCGUGCAGGGCUCGUUUGUGCGCGCGGGCCAGACCAGGGCCAACAUGGGCGGUCCGGGACGUCACGGCAACGGGCAAGAAUCGCGCGAACUAACGCUCUACAACUCACGGCGGCGCAUCCAGCGUCUGGCAACCGCAUUGAACCUAUCUGAGCACUACGUGGACUCUGCACAGAGGUACUUUACCCUGGCACUGAACCUCAACUUUACCCGCGGCCGACGGUCCACGUACGUGUCAACGGCCUGCCUUUACAUUGUGUGUCGUCUGGAGAAGGGCAGUCAGAUGCUUAUUGACUUUUCAGACAUUCUGCAGGUGAGCGUGUUCAAGCUUGGUGCCACAUUCGCCAAGCUCGUCAAUGUGCUCAACCUGCAGCUGCCGAUUGUCGACCCGUCGCUGUACAUUCUGCGGUUUGCGUCGAUGCUUGAGUUUGGCGACAAGACGCAGCAGGUCUGCAACGACGCUAUUCGUCUGGUGCAGAGAAUGGACCGUGAUUGGAUCCGCACAGGCCGUCGGCCCUCAGGUAUCUGCGGCGCCUGCUUGCUUGUUGCCGCGCGCAUGCAUAACUUUCGUCGCACACAGAAGGAGAUCAUUAGGGUGGUUAAGAUUGCCGACGGGACACUGCGCCGCCGUCUGGAUGAGUUCCGCAAUACGCCGUCGGGCAGCCUGACGGUUUCUGACUUUAGGAGUCUGUGGCUCGAGCAGUCGGCCGACCCGCCGGCCUUCAUCAACAGCCGGAUGAAUGCGCGAAAGGCCAUUCUGGCGCAGCACCGCCAGGCUGAAGGCCCACAGAGCCGGAUGCUGAGGGCGCUCGACAGCAUUGCCGAAGACAACGAGGAUGGUGAAGAUAACGAGGACGCUGAGAGCGCCAUCGACGAUGAUGCGUUCAACAACACUGUCGACCAGGCGUUCCAGCAGGAACUCGAGACCUACCUGCAUGACAGCUCGCUGAAAUUUGUUACCUCGCAACUGGCCGACGAUGACUUUAACAUUGACGUCAGCACGUGGAACGAAUUUGACGAUGACGAGGUCCGCAACAUCAUGCUGACUGAGGAGGAAGUCAAGCAAAAAACCGAAAUCUGGGACCGCGAGAAUAAGGAGUUCAUGGAAGAGCGUGAGCGCAAGCGCAUGGCCAAGGAGGCCGAUAGUAGCGGGCGCAAGCGGCGCCGAUCGACGAAAAAGAAGGUGGUCAUUGCGGGCGCUACGCCGCUCGAAUCGGCACAAAACAUGCUCGCUAUGCGGCGCUUGUCAAAGAAAAUCAACUAUGAUGUACUGGGGAAGCUGUUCGACAACACCAGCGCGCCCAAGCCAAAGACUGAGGGCAACCGCGCCACAAUGAUUCCGUCGGCGGCGCCCUCGCGCAUGAUGUCUGUGGCGGGCACUCCAGGCAUGCUCUCGGGGUAUGCGACGCCCUCGCAAGGCUCGGUAGCUUCGCCCACGCAGGUGAACGGCUACGAUAUGUCUGGUUUGCCUGCGGCGCUUGCUGGAAUCGCCGGCAAGGAUGGCGGCGCGGAUGUCCUUGAGGAGACCAUUGUUUAUGAGGAGGGCGACCAUGACCCGCAGAGCACGGCUGUUAACCUUGCCCAGGUUGCGGAUGACGAUGAUGAGUAUGAUGACUACGAGGAAGACGACUACGGCGAGGUCGAGCAAACAUACGGCGAUAUGUCUGAUUGA